AAAUGAUGAACGAUAACUGACAGCGGGAAACCCAUAGCUCCAAACGGAAACGGCAGCCAUGGUUUUAAAUCUUCCACGGCGAUCCUUUCCAAGUUUCUCAGAUCUUUUGAAACGCUUUAAGCCUCUUAAAUCCCUUCUCAUUGUACACGGUUUCAGUAAAAGCAACUUAUUGCUAGGACAAUUUCUCAAAUCUUGCUUUAAUCUGGGUGCUCCAAAUUUAGCUCUCUCCGCAUUUCACAAAAUUCAAAACCCAAACUUAUUAUUCCAAAACUUAAUGCUAAAGGGUCUUUCUAAUCAUGGUUUAUAUGAAGAUCUUUUAUCUGUCUAUCUAAAAUGCCGGGUCUUGAAUUGCCCAUCUGAUGAUUUUACGUUUCCUUUUGUGAUUAAGGCUUGUUCAGCUUUAGGUGCUUUUGGGAUUGGAAAACAGAUUCAUUGCAUUGUUUUGCGCAAAGGGUAUGAAAGAAAUGUUGUUAUAAUGACUUCUUUAAUUGGUUUUUAUGCGAAAAAUGCCGCUCCAAGCAUUGCUCGGAAACUGAUUGAUGGAAUUUCUGAACCAGACCUGGUUGCGUGGAAUGCUUUGCUUUCUGGUUAUUGUUUUAAUGGACUUGAUAAAGAAGCACUGGGGGUUUUCAUGGAAAUUCAGGGAAUGUACAUAAAGCCUAAUGUGAGUACUUUGGCAAGUAUAAUUCCGGUAUGUACUCGGUUGGAGUAUUCUGCUCUUGGUAGAUCUCUUCAUGGUUUUGCUGUUAAAUGUGGAUAUUUCUUGGAUGAUUUUUUGGUGCCUGCUUUUAUCUCGAUGUAUAAAAGUGAAGUGGAUUUAUCCAGUGCUAGGAAAUUGUUUGACUUUGCUGUGGAAAGGAAUGUUUGUGUUUGGAAUGCUAUGAUCCAUGGGUAUAUGCGGAACGAGAGGUUUUUUGAAGGUUUUGAGAUGUUUCGGGAAAUGCUUCGAGCUGAUGUGCGGCCUAAUUCAGUCACAUUUGUGUGCACAAUUCCUUCAUGUGAGAACAAUUUUAAUAUUUGGUACGGUGGAUCUCUCCAUGGUUGUGGUAUUAAACAUGGCUUAGGAAACCAGGUUUCUGUAUUGACAGCUCUCGUAUCGAUGUAUGCCAAGCUUGGGGAAAUAAAUUUAGCUGAAUUUUUGUUUAAUCAGAUGCCUAACAAAAAGCUGCUGUCCUGGAAUGUGAUGAUUUCUGGUUAUGUAAAUAAUGGGCUAUGGAUUGAAAGUUUGGUCGCAUUUCAGGAAAUGCAUUUGGAAGGAUUCAGUCCUGAUGCAGUCUCAAUUGUUAGCAUCCUUUCUGCCUGCUCCAACCUUGGUGGCAUUUUACUUGGUAAAUCGGCCCAUGCAUUUGUAGUUAGAAGAAGUUUUGAAACAAAUAUUAAUGUUUCAAAUGCACUACUGGGAUUUUACUCUGAUUGUUGUCUACUCUCCACUUGUUUUAAGCUAUUUCAAAAAAUGGCAAAUAAAAAUACUGUAUCAUGGAAUACUUUGAUAUCUGGGUAUGUACACAGUGGACAAAAGGAGAAGGCAAACAUGAUUCUUCACCAGAUGCAGAAAGAGGGAGAGAAGUUGGAUUCUGUAAGUUUGCUAAGUAUUCUUUCUUCUUACACUGAGAGCGAAAAUUUCAGGCAAGGAACAAUGCUUCAUGGUUAUGCCAUCAAAACUGGGUGUGACUCUGAUGUUUCUUUAACAAAUGCACUAAUUAGUAUGUGUUGUAACUGUGGAGAGAUUGAUGCUGGAACAUCAUUGUUUGAUGUCAUGCCUGAGAGAAGUGUGGUUUCUUGGAAUUCAUUAAUGACUGCCUUCCGGCAUUACAACUUAUCAAAUAACGUUUUAAACUUGUUUGGUCAAAUGAUAAAGGAGGAUCAGAGACCAAAUCAAGUAAGUUUGCUAAACUUAUGCCCUGUAUGCCACACACUGUCACAGGGUAAGUCCAUCCAUGCUUUUGCUCUCAGAACAGGAAUAAUAGAAGAAACCACUCUUCUUACAUCUCUUAUCUUCAUGUAUGCUAGAUUUGGAAAGAUAAAUUUGUGCCUUUUACUUUUUCAAAUGGGGAGAAGGAGGCAUAUUUCUUUGUGGAAUGCUAUAAUGUCUGUGCAUGUUGAUACCAAAAAUGCCCAAAGAGCAGUUGCUUUUUUUCGUGAAUUGCUCCAGAUAUGUUUGGAACCUGACAAUAUAACAAUUUUAAGUUUAAUAUCUGCAUGUAUUUUAGUAAAUAGCCUACAUCUAGCAGAUUCUGUGAUGGCCUAUGUGAUACACAAGGGCUUUGACAAAGAUGUGGUAGUUACUAAUGCCCUCAUAGAUCUAUAUGCAAGAUGUGGAAACAUUGUGGAUGCAAGAUUGCUGUUUGACUACUUGCUUGAAAAGGAUGCUAUCUCUUGGAGUGUGAUGAUUAAUGGAUACAAAUUGCAUGGAGAUGCUAGAGGUGCCAUCGAAAUUUUUUCAAGGAUGCAACUUUCAGGGGUGAGCCCUGAUGACAUUACUUAUUUAAGUCUUUUAUCAGCUUGUAGCCAUGCUGGUUUCGUUGAGGAAGGCCAGAAGGUGUUCAACUAUAUGGUUGAAAAUGGGGUAUCUCCAAGAACAGAGCAUUAUGCUUGUAUGGUUGACCUUCUUGGGCGAACCGGUCACUUGCAUGAAGCCUAUGAUAUAGUUAGUAGACUGCCAUAUAAACCUUCUGUAGGCAUGCUUGAAUCUUUGUUGGGUUCUUGUAAAAUCUAUGGGGACGUUGAACUUGGAGAGAGAAUUUUUCAGAUGCUCUCUGAAAUGUAUCCACAAAAUUCAGAAUCCUAUGUCAUGCUUCACAAUAUUUAUGCAGCAGCAGGAAAGUGGGGAGAUGCUAAUAGAGUUCGGUCUAACAUAGAACGAAGACUACUAAGAAAACAUCCUGGUUUUAGUCUUCUAGUUGGAGAUUAACAUCACAAUUAGCCGUUCUCUGAGGUGUGCUAACAGUAAAUGAAUGUCGACAUGAAUGUUCAGCAAGUUGUCUGAAGCGUUUAUGCUAACAGUAACUGAAUGUAAAUACCAGUAGACAAAGACCUGUCGUAGGUGAUCCGCUGAGCUCUAUGUGAACAAAUAGCAGCCGGGGAAGCAGUUCUUUAACGUAUGCUGCAAGUAGAUGAAGUUCGAUUCAGGUAGACAAAGUCGUGAUGGAGGCGAUCCACAAGAUCCAUGUGAACUAAUGGUAGCGGAGAAACACCAGGAUCAGCAGUUAUCUGAAGUAUGCCAACAGCAAAUUAAUGUCAAUACAAGCCGCGUCGGAUGUGAUCUCCACCGAGCGUUAUGUGCACUAAGUGCUAGCCGAGGAACUGGUCCAAAGAACACUUCGUUCUUCCACUGUUUACAAGAUUGACCUAUGCAGCAUGGGGACUCGUUUAAUGCAAAUCCACACAUUUAGAGAGCUAAGAAAUGUGUUAAUCUGGAGCUUUAACCACAAUCCACUUUGACUAAGUCAAGAACAAAUUUAGGGUCGACCCAUGAUUUUCUGAAACUGAAAAGUCAGAACCCCACAGUAGGAAACGACAGCUGAAGGUGAAGCGGCGAACGUAAAUGCUGAUGCAGUGAGCACAAAAGCAGCCUGAACCCAGAGACAGCAAAUGGUUCACGCAACUGAGGCAAGUCGGACAAAAAGUGGGCGGUGGAUAAGAAAAGAUGGAAGAAUCUUCGUUUCACACGGGAUGGUUUAGGCCGGAGAAAAAGAUAUUGGCGAAGAAUGACUACACAGUCGGACUAGGUAUCAAACUAGUCCUUGCCACCCCCCCCCCCCACCUCUGGGUGUGGGGGGACACCUUUUGUUUGUUUUUUUCUUCUGAUUUGAUAAUGAAUGGUUCACUUUUGUUCUUCA